UCGGUUUUCUGUUUCUUUUUUAAGCAAGAGGGGAACAAGUCCUAUCAAAGCCGAAGGCAACGCAAAACCGGAGCCGAAUACUGUUGCCACGAUGUUGCCUCCAGCAGCAGCACAAGGAUUUGUUGGGCAGGCACCGAAAGCGGUCGAGACAUGGACUACUGAUCUUUGUGGUUGUUUUGACGACGCAUCGAAUUGCUGCAUUACUUACUGCUGUCCCUGCAUCACAUUCGGCCAGAACGCGGAGGUCAUUGACCGAGGAAACACUUCUUGCUUGUGCGCGGGGGCAAUAUGCGUGGUGUUAGGGCACCUUGGCUGUUUUGCCUGGAUGUACACCUGCACUUACCGGACCAAACUCCGAGGCCAGUUCUCAUUGCCCGGCGACCAGUGCGGGGACUGCUGCAUACACUUCUGGUGCCCAUUGUGCGCCCUAUGCCAGGAGUACCGGGAGCUCAAAAACCGGGGUCUUGAUCCGUCCAUCGGGUGGGUUGCUAAUCAACAAAAGAUGGAACAGCAAGUCCCGGCUGCCAUUGGUGUGCCCCCCGUGGUUCAAAUGGGGAUGACCCGUUAAGCUUGAAGUUUCUCCAGUCUUUCGGUUCAGAUCGGUCGAAGUUUGCAGGGGAGUAGAUCAUACGCUCUCCCGCCCUAUAAAGAAUAUUAUCUUUUUAUUUGGGUAAAAUAAAAAGACAAUAGAGGUUCUACAUUUUCAAACAUUUCCCAUGUUAAUAAGUAAUACAAUAUAAAUAUCGGCCAUAAUGGUUUAAUUAUGUUCUCCCGAUGACGGUGGAAUCAUCAAGGAAUUAGAAUAAAUAAUAUUAAUCCUCCUACUGUCC